GGCGUUUUUUUCCCUGCUGCGCCACCGCUGCUACAAAGUUUCGGGGAGCUACAUUUGAAUUCUGCUUGUGGACUUUAGGUUUUAGCUGACUUUCACUGUGGCAGAGAGACGGUUUUCGGUUCCCGUCAGUUCCCUGCACGAGGCAGACGAGGCAUGCGAUAGAGACUCAGUGACCGCACGGAAACACAGUGUCAGCUUUCCAUCUGUUUGUGGUUGUCUAGAUUUGAGGGUGGUCGCCGAGUGGCUAGUGUAGCUUCCACGUUUCAUGUGGAGCAUGUGCUCACCCUUCUAUUAGUUUCUAUACAGUGUUCAACAGUAUUAGUGAUAUAUGUAUUUUUUCCUUUAAGAUGAGCCUGCAUGGUGGAAGUCUUAACAACCAAGUGCAUGAAUUAAAAAUUUAGUUGCUUUUCUUCGACUGUUAAGGGGAGACGUGAAUAUCACAUUGAUAAUCAAAACAAUAUGCCCAUAAGGCGUUUUGGGCUUCACAGGUCUCUGGUCUCUCACACGCAACCCUCAAAGCUCUCGUACGGUUACACCAAGAUGAAUAUUUCAAGAAGUGGCUACCGUGUUUUCUCCGCCAACUCCACCACCGCCUGUACCGAGCUGGCCAAGAAGAUUACAGAGCGCUUGGGUGUGGAGUUGGGCAAAUCAGUGGUUUAUCAAGAGUCAAAUUCAGAGACUAGAGUGGAUGUGAAAGAAUCUGUCCGUGGACAAGAUAUCUUCAUAAUUCAGACCAUUCCUAGAGAUGUCAACACAGCCAUCAUGGAGCUGCUGGUGAUGGCAUAUGCCCUGAAGACAUCCUGCGCCAAGAACAUCAUCGGGGUCAUUCCAUACUUUCCUUACAGCAAGCAGUGCAAGAUGAGGAAGAGAGGAUCCGUUGUCUGCAAGCUGCUAGCAUCCAUGUUAGCUAAAGCUGGACUAACUCACAUCAUUACUAUGGACCUUCACCAGAAAGAAAUCCAAGGCUUCUUCAGUUUUCCUGUUGACAACCUGAGAGCUUCCCCUUUCCUCAUCCAGUACAUCCAAGAGGAGAUCCCAGACUACAGGAAUGCUAUUAUUGUUGCCAAGUCCCCUUCAGCUGCCAAAAGAGCUCAGUCCUAUGCUGAGAGGCUGCGACUUGGACUGGCCGUGAUGCACGGGGAGGCCAACCAUUCAGAGUCGGACAUGGCUGACGGUCGCCAGUCACCCCCUUGUUCCCGCACCACCACAGGACACACUGGCUUAGAGCUGCCAUUGAUGAUGGCAAAGGAAAAGCCACCUAUCACCGUUGUUGGAGAUGUAGGAGGCAGAAUCGCCAUCAUUGUUGAUGACAUCAUAGAUGAUGUCGAGGACUUUGUUGCAGCGGCAGAAAUCCUGAAAGAGAGGGGAGCUUACAAGAUCUACAUCAUGGCUACACAUGGCUUACUGUCUGCAGAGGCACCGAGGCUAAUAGAGGAGUCUGCUAUUGAUGAGGUCGUGGUGACUAACACUGUCCCUCACGAGGUGCAGAAGCUCCAGUGUCCAAAAAUCAAAACCGUGGACGUCAGUAUGAUUCUGGCUGAGGCCAUCCGACGCACCCACAAUGGAGAGUCCAUGGCUUAUCUGUUCCGCAACAUCGCUGUGGAUGACUGAGGCAACACACACAUACAGUUACAUUCCAGCACACGAGGCAACAUUACCAAGCACAUACUCUGAGGACCAACUCUCCACUUUAGACAGUUGUUCAGCUGUUCAUACUUGUUUUGUUGAUAAUCUGUUGACAGCGAUUGCUCGUAUGUACGCAUGUAAUGCACAUUACAAGUAAAAUGACGCUAUUUCUCUUUUCUGUGACACAAAAAGACUGUACACACAAUGGUUUUACUGUACUAUGUGCUUCCCACCAUCUGACAACAUACAUGGCACUUAUAAUGUAUCAUGCAGUGGCACAGUAUGCUGUAGAUUAUGGCAAAUAAAGCUAUUCCUCUUGGGUGAGUAUA